CAAAAAGUUGUCGCACAUUUUAUUAACAUCCGUAAUAUCCGGAAUGUUACUAAAGUAUCUUUUUUUUUUCGGUGUUCCGUUUGAUAGAAAUACGUCUAUCUGUUACAGGCGAACCAUCGAAUACGUACAAUAUUGAAUAACGUGUUCGCUUGAUGUGUGGAUUGGCAUCAAACCGUGAUUGGCGUCUUGGCUAUCAACCUCUUCGAAAUAUUCUUGUUAACAAUCCCCCCCUCCCCACCCCCUCAAAAUCGGGGUGAGAUGUGUCUGAUACUCGAGAAUUCCUAGAUAACCUCUCAGUCGAGGACCUUCGAUCGCAUUUUAGCGGUAACGUGCGCGUCAGUGCAGUCAUUCCGGCUGCUCGAUCACGGGUGCGCGAAAGUGAGUUCCACUGUUGAGAGUUUUAAUGGUGCUUUGUGUUUAUGUGUGAGCCAGGAAAUGAGUUGCAGUUCUGGCAAUGCAGUCUAUGCGGCUCUACCGAAGCACGGCGAUCCAGUUGAAAUUGAGAUUGACCUGAAAGUCGCUGAAUGGUGCCUUGGUCUGGCUGGAACUGAGGAAGGAUCGUGUCAGGGAGAGAUUUUGAGAAGUAAAUUUUGCAAAUCUUAACGCUGUUAAUCUGGUUUGAUUCAUCAGUUUGAACGUGGGUUCUACAAUUCUGAUAGGUCAAUCAUGGAAAUGGAGUGCUCGCAUACGUGUAGAUUUGAUCGAACUGAAACAUGGAGCUUUUGAAAGACCACUGAACGAUGACAUCAGCUUGCAAAAACAAACAUAUGAUGAACAGGCUUUACAAGUCUGGUGGCGUUCAGUCAUGUGAUUCAUGCCGGCAUAAAUCUUUCAUUCUCGACAGUUCUACAUCCUCAGCUGGAUAUAACCAAGGAGCAAGCGUCAUGGAUUGCAAGUUUAGGUGCAGUUGGAACACCGAUCGGUUCAAUAAGUAUAGGAUUCAUAAUGGAUCGCAUCGGCAGACAAAAAACCCUACUGGCAACCGCAGCCAUCAAUAUCCUGGCAUGGUCAACGCUCUGCCUCUCUCCAGCUCAAGUCGACAUCAAAAUGAUCUAUUUAGCAAGACUUCUAGAAGGAAUCGCAUCCGGUAUGACGUCAAUCGCGAUCGUCUACGUGGCUGAGACGACGGACAAGCACUGGCGGCCGCUGUUCCUGAGCAUGAACAGCAUCGCGCUCUCCGGUGGGAUCCUCCUGACGACGACCGUCGGCGUGGUCCUCGCCUGGCGGGCCUUCGCCGUCUUCUGCCUCGGCGUGAGCACCCUCUCGGCUCUGCUCAGUCUCACGCUGCCCGAGUCCCCGUCUUGGCUCGCCCAGCACCACCCCGAACGAGCCAAGCAAGCCCUCGCCCGCCUCGUCACCGAUCCUCGAGCUUUCGAAAUCGAGUGGACAUCUUUAGAACCGAAGGCACCUAAGUUAUUAAAAACAAGGAAACGACCGUCACUCGAUAAAAAGAUUAUCCGCCCUCUGGCGGUGGUCCUCAUCUUGAUAACACUGCAACAACUUGUAGGGAUCUACCCCACCAUCUUUUACUCCCUCGAACUGUUCCAGAAAAUCAACAAACGCGCUCAACAAUCAACAGAAUUCAACUCAUCCGAAGAAACAACCAUGAUAAUCCCGACUACACCUCACAUUGUGACCACUCCUAGCUCAGCUCAGCUUUUCAAUUCGAGCUCCUUCGAAAAAAGUACAGGUUACCCGCUGAACUUAGACGUAUUCAACACCAGCGCCUUAAUAGACCACCAACACAACGUGAGUGCCUUCAUUCGGGGGACCGGCAACCCUCACGACACUCGCGCCUUCAUUCAGAGAACCAGCCUCCCGCAAGACGCGAAAGUCGUCAUCAACGGAACGAAACACGAGCUGGGCGAUGAAUUGGGCGAGAUCAAAAGUAAAUUUGAUUUGAGGAGUGGUGCAGUGCAAGCCUUGAUGGGAUUGGGAAUCAUUCGAUUUAUAACGAGCGUUAGCAUGACCGCCCUGUCCAAACACCUCGGGGUCCGGACGCUCCUCAUGAGCUCGAGUCUCGGGGUGGGCCUGACGGCGAUCCUCUUCUCCGCCUACCAGGCUGGUUGGUGCUCUCGGUCCAGCGACGCCGUUUCCUUCGCCAUCGUCCUGGCUUUCAUAACCUUCGGGUCCCUGGGGCUCCUGGUUAUCCCGUGGACCCUCGUCGGCGAGCUCCUACCCUUCGAGUUCCGCGGCGUCGGCCAAGGGAUUGUCGUCGCCUACGCUUACGUCAUUAUGUCCGUUGUCGUCAAGUCCUACCCGUCCGUCGAGGACGAGCUGGGCACGUCUGCGGUUUUCGGGUUUUUCGGCGCCGUCGCUUUCCUCACCAUCGCCUUUAUCUACUACUUCGUACCGGAGACCAAAGGCAGGACGAUGGACGAGAUACAAGUGUACUUUCAAAAAAGGUGAGACACGCGUGUCGCGGAUAGGGAAUAAGUUUGUGUUAAGGCGGACUGAAAACACCUCAAUUUUCUAUCCGUGGCGGAAGUUGGGAGAGCAGAAUAAAAAUACGUGUUGUAGGAUGACGCAGGACUCGCGUAUAUUGUUGGAAUCGUUACAAAGAUGAUGGAUACAAUUAAACUGACUUUAGGGAGCACUUCGGAAGGCUGUGCUGAUGGUCAAAACCUAAGUGACGAGACUCCUCUUCUCAAAAGUGGAGCUUAGUCCCGAGAGAGCCUUAUCAUUCAACCCAUCUCGUGACGCUGGUAAUAAAAAAUAUAAUAAAGAUAGAUGCGUUCGACUGAUCACAGCAACGAGUAAGUGAAGCUUGCUCGAUGCUGGGGUUUGAAAAAUUCAUAGAGAGAGACCGAAAAUAUGGGAGAAA